UGAACUAACCUUUUAACAAUUAAAAGAAGUCUGAGCAACAUCUCCUCCUAGCGUUUAAAUCACCACAUUGCAAUUAUACAACAUUAGAAGAGGCGGAUGUGACGUAUCUUCGGCAAGCAAAGUGCAUGCUUUCGGUGUUAUGAAAGGUGGGAAAGGGAUUGUGUUGGGUAACAGUGGUCUUCAGGUUACAUUACACAAGACGUUGACGUGUAAUGCAAGUCUAUCACUCUUUCUCUGAACGCCUCAGAGUUCAUUUGUCCUGAAAUAGUCCGCGAUCACACAGAAACAGCAAAUGGCAAAAAGAAAAGAGACACAGCAGAAAACGGACACAAAGAAACCGAAGCAGAUUGCAAAGAAAAAACCGGCAUCCAAAACCCCAAAAAACAAAGAAAAUGGUAUUGUGGACAAAAACAACCGCACAAACUCCAGGGUGACGUCCCGUGUGUCCAAAAAGGUCAAAGAUGACUCUGACGAGAGGACAAGCAAGUACUUCCGAGACAGCCAAGUUAAAACUGACGAGCCAGAGGACAUGAGUGACAACAGUGAGGAGAUGAGCCCAUCAAAACAAGUGAAAGAAGAAGAGGAAGAGAGUGAAGAUGAGGAAGACUGGGAGGAAGUGGAAGAGAUGGCAGAACCACUGGGUCCUGUGGACUCGAUAGAACUAGCAGAACUGUCAAAACCUGUGGAGAUUGAGAUCGAGACUCCAGACAUGGCUCGCAAGAGGCAGAGGAAGGAGAAAAGGAAGGCAGAGUUUGAAACUUAUCUGCGUCGAACGGUAAAGCGAUUUAACAAGGAGCUGCUGGUGGAUACCCACAAGGUUCAUUUGCUUUGCUUAUUGGCUGGCGGUUUGUUUCGAAACAGACUAAUCUGCGAGCCUGACCUGUUGGCUAUUGCCUUGUCAAUACUGCCUGCCCACUUUACCACAGUUGCUAUAAAACGCAUAAACACAGGCUUUCUGGAGGGGCUUCUCAAAUGGUUUCAAGGGACGUUUACAUUAAACCCCGCCUUACCUGAGGAGAAGGGAGUGGAGUUGAGGACAGUGCUGGAAAAACGAAUUAGCUGUUUAUCAGCAAGGGACCAUGAGGAGAUGACCUAUCUGUUCUUAUUGGUCCUGCGGUCAUUGCGACUCUUCUGUCGCUUGGUGCUGUCUUUACAACCUCUUCCUCUGAAGCCACCACCUGCCACCAAGAACAAGACCACACCUACCAAGAGCUCUCCAGAGAAAGAUCCAUCAGAGAAACCCUCUCCAAAGCCUAAGAUAUCCUCUGGAUCCAAACGCCCAUCAUCAGCGACUGCUGCAGUAAAAGACGAAAGAGGCGGAAAGAGAAAGAAAAAGAAAGAGGAAGGGGGAGAGAAAGAGGCAGCAGGUGGCCUGAAACCCAAAAACAGCAGAAGAAGAAGUGUAGCUUCAAAAGUGUCCUACAAAGAAGCCAGCAGCGAGGAGGAGGAGGAACAGAGUGAAGAGGAGUUUCAGCCAACCAAUGAGGAUGACAGUGAAGACUCUGAUGGGCCCAUGAAAAUAUGCAGAAAAUCAAAGUUGAAAAGCAAAGGUGGGGCUCCUCAGAGUUCGAACAAGGUCAAACAGGAGGAGAGAAGUGAAGAGGAGGAGGAGGAGGAGGAAGAGAAAGAGAGAAGGAAACCAAGACGUAAAAGAAAAGAGGGGAAAGGGAUAGAUGAGUGGUUGGAGGUUUAUUUGGAAAGUACUGGGAGGUGGGUGUGUGUUGAUGUGGAUCAAGGAGUCGGCCAACUCUGUUCCGAUCAGGCGACUCAACCGAUCACUUAUGUGGUGGGCGUAGAUGACGAGGGCUACCUGAAAGAUCUUAGCAGCAGGUAUGACCCCACGUGGCUGACAUCAUCACGGCGACGGCGCGUCGACUCCGAAUGGUGGGAGGAGACUAUGGAGCUCUACAAGUCUCCAGAUACUGAACGAGGACAGAAGGAGGAUCAGGAGAUGCAGGCUAAGUUACUGAACAAGCCGUUGCCGACAUCCAUCGCAGAAUAUAAGAACCAUCCGCUGUACGCGCUUAAGAGGCACCUGCUUAAAUACGAGGCCCUCUACCCCUCUACAGCCGCUGUCCUGGGGUACUGCAGAGGAGAACCAGUUUAUGCACGAGACUGUGUGCAGACGCUCCAUUCUAGAGAUACCUGGUUGAAAGAAGCACGAACAGUUCGACUAGGAGAAGAGCCAUACAAGAUGGUGGUUGGUUUUUCCAAUCGUUCUCGUAAGGCCAGGAUGAUGUCAGAGCAGAAAGGUGUCAAAGAUCUGCCUCUUUUUGGAGUCUGGCAAACUGAAGAGUACCAGCCUCCGAUUGCCGUUGAUGGCAAAGUACCACGUAAUGAGUUUGGGAAUGUGUACAUGUUUAAGUCGUGCAUGUUACCAGUAGGAUGUGUUCACCUGCAUUUGCCAAAUCUGCACAGAGUGGCUCGAAAACUGAACAUAGACUGCGCUACAGCAGUGACGGGUUUUGAUUACCAUUGUGGAUUUGCACAUGCAGUUAACGAUGGCUAUAUUGUCUGCGAAGAACACCAAGAAAUCCUGAAAGCAGCCUGGGAAAAUGAGCAAGAUAUCCAACAGAAGAAAGAUCAAGAGAAACGUGAGAAGCGUGUUGUGGCUAACUGGACCCUGCUGGUCAAAGGCCUGUUGAUUAAAGAGAGGCUGAAGCGUCGCUAUGGGCAACAGGGGCUCGCAUCGAGGACGGAGCUUAUGCAAGGGAAAGAAGGCUUGGCUGAAGGACUGUCCUCCGAUGAGGAGGAAGAGGGCAGGGGGCAGAAAGCUCCACCCUCUCUGGCUAGUUCAUGGCCGCAGAACAGGCAAGAGGAACAAGAGGAAAAGAUUGUAAGGCGUGUAUCUAAACGAGAGAAACGCGGAGAGCAGAAAAAUCUCUUCCCUUUUGAAAAAGUGUGACUGAAUUUGCCCUUUAUUACUUUUCGUGCAUACAGUAUCUGUAACUGUGAGCCUCUCUCCAUUACUCUCCACAAUCUUUGUAUAAUCGCAGUAAGGUGCAUAUGCAGGGGAUUUUGAUGAUGUCAAGCAUUUGUCAUCAGUUAAGACUCUACAUGUUUUUUUUCUAAAAGAAUACAUUAUUUUUAUAGAACAUGCUGUUGAAAAACAAAACCUUGCAAAUAAACAAAUAGUUUGUUGCAGCUUUUUGUGUCCAUGAAUGAGUUUCGAACAGGUCUGGGCAUUGAUUAGAGUCUUUCACUCUUUAUAGGUGCCCACCUACUGAUCUGGUUGUGCACAGAAUAGUACUUUUGGCUGAUAAUUGGGAAACCAAAUUUCAUUUGGAAGUAUCUUUUCAAACGGUUACAGCUAAUUAUAUAAUUCAUAUUUUACCAGUAGAUUAUUUACCAUUUUUAAAUGAAUCUUUCAGACUAAUUUAGUGGAUACUGUUGAAUAUACUUAACACAUUAUGAAAGACGUCUUGAAAUCGCAGGACUUUUCUUUCCUGUGUUCAGAAAAGCACAAUUCUGUAU